AUGAGCAAGUCUGGACUUGGGGAUGCAGCGCAGCCACUGAACGAGGCUUUCCGGGCUCCCCUUGCUCUCCGUGCUCUCUGGUGGCAAGCCCUUGCUCUUGGCUUUGGUAUCCCUGGUAUCUGUGCCAAUGGUCGUCGUGGGCUGGCGUAUUUGCAUCGAGGCGUUGACCGUUGGCUGAAUUGGGAGCCAGAACCGGAUCUCGGAAGCUUGGGUGCUCCAUAG